UUGACUAUAUUGAAAGAUACUCUCCAAUAUAAGGAAACAAACUUACCUUUCCUCCUAGUUUGCCGUUGCUUUGAGCUCUCUGUUGCAAAUAAUUUAAAGUUUAGCCACUGUCAAGCUUGCCCUUCCCAUCACCCAUCAAAGUAUUUUUCUUCCCAAAUAGCUAAAAUUGCUAUAAACAUAUCCUUAAAGACUCCUCAUAGACUCCUUGAAGAAAAGUUCAUUACUUUCUUAAAAUCAUGUAAAACUAUAAAGCAAGUCAAACAGAUUCAAACACAAAUUAUAACUCAAUGUAUUGGCUAUACCCAAUACAUUAUCCCUCCUCUUUUAUCAAAAUGUUUGGAGUUAAGGCAUAUUUCCUAUACCCACCAUGUGUUCGAUCAAAUUCCUGAGUUAGAUGCUUCUCCUUUUAACAUAAUGUUCAAAGGGUAUCUCCAGAAUGAUAUGUACAGAGAUGUAGUAGUGUUGUUUCGGAGAAUGAUGGACGAAGAUGUUAGGCCGAAUUGUUUUACUUUUCCUAUGGUUUUGAAGUCUUGUGUAAAGUUGUUGGCUUUGGUAGAAGGGGAAGAAGUGCAUGCGGUUGUGCUAAAGGCUGGAUUUUUGAGUAAUAGUUUUGUGGGUACUACGUUGAUCGAUAUGUAUUCGGGUGUGGGAAGAGUGAAAUGCGCUUAUAGGGUGUUUAAUGAGAUGGUUUUACGGAAUGUGUUUACAUGGACUUCUAUGAUCAACGGAUAUGUUGCGAAUGGCGAUUUGGCAUCAGGAAGAAUGCUUUUUGACUUGGCGCCUGAGCGAGAUGUUGUAUUAUGGAAUAGGAUGGUUACAGGAUACAUUGAAUGUGGGGAUAUGGUAGAGGCUAGAAAGCUUUUCGAUGUGAUGCCAAAUAAGGAUUUAAUGUCCUGGAAUACUUUGUUGAAUGGAUAUGCUAAUAGUGGGGAUGUCGAGGGGUGUGAGAAACUUUUCGAAGUGAUGCAAGAAAGAAAUAUUUUUUCCUGGAAUGGUUUGAUUGGAGGUUAUGCUCACAAUGGACAUUUUAGUGAGGUUAUUGAUGCCUUUAAAAGGAUGCUAAAUGAGUCUGACGUGCAGCCUAAUGAUGCCACUCUUGUGAAUGUGUUGUCUGCUUGCACGGGAUUAGGUGCUCUUGAUUUGGGUAAGUGGGUGCACAUAUAUGCCGAGAGCAACGGCUAUAAGCACAAUGUGUAUGUUGCCAAUGGGUUGAUUGAUAUGUAUGCAAAAUGUGGGGUGGUUGGUCAUGCAAUUGAUGUGUUUAGGAGCAUGGAUAAAAGAGAUUUGAUUUCCUGGAAUACCAUCAUUAAUGGCUUAGCAGUGCAUGGUUGUGGUAGUGAUGCCUUGAGUUUGUUUGCAGAGAUGAAGAAUUCUGGAGUUAAACCAGAUGGAAUUACUUUUAUUGGUGUGUUAUGUGCGUGUUCUCACAUGGGUUUAGUUGCAGAUGGUUUUACCUAUUUUAACUCGAUGAUGAAUGAAUAUUCCACCGUGCCUCAAAUUGAGCAUUAUGGUUGCAUGGUUGAUCUGUUGGGACGAGCUGGUCUUUUGGAGCAGGCGGUGAAUUUUGUGGAGAAGAUGCCUGUACGAGCCGAUGCUGUCAUUUGGACUGCUUUACUCGCAGCAUGUAGAAUAUACAAGAAAAUUGACUUUGCAAGACUGGCUCUUCAGAAACUUAUUGAGCUUGACCCAAAAAACCCUGCAAAUUAUGUUAUGCUUGCAAAUAUCUGCGGUGAUGCUCGGAGGUGGAAAGAUGUGGCAGAGCUGAAAGUGGCGAUGCGGGACACUGGGUCCCGGAAGGUACCAGGAUGCAGCUUGAUUGAGGUUGAAGAUGAAGUGUCUGAGUUCUAUUGCUUUGACGAGAGGCAUUCCAAGUCAAAAGAGAUAUAUGGAGCCUUGAGAGGAUUGAUGAAGGCGUUAAGAUCAUCUGGAUAUGUUCCGGACUUCAUGGAGGUUGGUCAAGAAAGUCCAGGAUUUAUCAUGGAUUAAAAGUUCUUGGUUCUUGAAGAUAACAGUGGGAUUUCACUGGGUUUGUUGUUGGUUUCUUGAAGAUAUCGCGAUUUCUUUGAUCAAAAUCUCUUUAAAAUGUUUCAUCAGUAUCACUGCAGUCCAAAUCUCGUCCACUUCAGCCUUCAAAUGUUGGAAAAUGAGGUAUUGAACAACAAAACUUAAAUUCAAGUGUCAUAUGCUCUCGGUCACUGGAAUAACAGAUAGUAACAUACAGGCUGUUGUUCUUGGCCUUAAAUUCGUUCUUGUUUUGCCUUCUUCUAAACUUCCUCCUGGCCAGAUCAUCCAUAUUCUUAUCAUUGGAUAAACUUGCAUUUCACCCUAAAGUCGAUUCAACGGGCAUUUUUCAAACACAGGGCACUUUAGAUCAUUACGGUUAACAUGAUAAGGACUGGACCGUUGUCAUGCAUCAGAAUUAACAGUGAGAAUGCAUCUGACUGAUCUUUAUACAUGUAUCCUUUGAAUUACUUGAAAUUGUUGAAUAUUCGACUGCUGCUUUGUCAUAUUGAAGAUUACAACAACAACAAUCCUAGUGUAAUCCUACAAGUGGAGUCUGGGGAGGGUAGUGCGUGCGCAGAUCUUACCCCCUACCUUGUGAAGGUAAAGAGGCUGUUUCCGAUAGACCAUCGGCUCAGUAAAAGCUAGUUUAUGUUGUGCGGACUCUCAAAAAUGUUGCUGCACCUGUGUCGGAUCCUUCAAAAUUAGUGCAUUUUUGGAGGAUCCGACACGCACCCAGCAACAGUUUACGAGAGUCCGAGCAACAUAGAAGCUAGUUUACAUUCUAAAUCAAAGCAGCAUGUAUUGGGCUUUUUGUUAAUAUAUUUUGAGCUUGAAGUCUUUCAUUA